CGCAAUGCGUCCAUACGGGCGACAUUGUGAAAGUGAAAGCCAAAUAUACACCAUGAAGUACCUGCUCAGCAUUACCUUGCUACUGGCCAUCGGGCUGCAGCAGAUUGACGGCCACGGCAUGAUGCUGUCCCCACCCAGUCGAUCCUCCCGUUGGCGCUACGAUGGAUCCGCCCCCCAGAACUGGAACGACAACGAGCUCUUCUGCGGCGGAUUGUAUACGCAGUCCAACAAUGGAGGUCGCUGUGGACUGUGCGGCGACAACUUCCUAGAUGCCCAGCCCCGUGCCAACGAGAUCGGAGGUAGCAUCGGAGGAGCUGGCGUGGUGACCAGAAGCUACGUGGCAGGCAAUUCCAUCACCGUGGGCGUGAAGAUCACCACCAACCACUUGGGCCAUUUCGAGUUCCACCUGUGCAACCUGGACGCCUUCGGUGGCGAGUCGGAGGAGUGCUUCGAGCAGAACCGCCUGCGAUUCCCCGAUGGAAGCGAUAAAUUGCACAUCGGUGCCCAGGGCGGCGAAUUCGACGUGACAGCGAUGCUGCCAGAGGGUCUUACCUGCUCUCACUGCGUCCUCCGCUGGACCUAUGUGGGUGCCAACAACUGGGGCAUCUGCGAUAGUUCCGGAAACGGAGCCUUGGGUUGUGGCCCCCAGGAAACCUUUAAGAACUGCGCCGAUGUGAGCAUCAACUGGGGUCGCAAUUUGGUCAAGGAAUUGGUCAGUGGUGCAGAGCCAGUGGCUCCCGUCGAGGUCGCCUGAAAAUCCAGACUGAAAUUUUACGAACUGCCAUUUAUUUCUGAAAAUGCUAAAAGCCAAAUAGUCAGCCAAAGUUAUAUAAAUAAAUGAGUGAACAUUA